AUGGGCUACGAUUACGCCGUCGCACAGCAGGUCUUAAAUGAACAGGAGAAGAAUCGCAUCCUUGCAAUCUACCUCAACAACGACAUCACUGCUCUCAACAGCACCGUGGACUGGAAGGCUGCCGCAGAAGCCUUUGGCAGUGCCAGCGUCGAGAGCUUCAAGAAGAUGCUAAACAACUCACUCAAGAAGUUGCAGGACAAGGGCGGCGAAGGUGGCGCUGCGCCGAGCCCGGUUAAGUCAGCUGGUGGUCGGAAGCAUAAGGCUACUGGAUAA